CGAACAUUUUACUCAUCCGUCAAAAAUGAAGACAGUACGACUUACAAUUAAAAUACAUUGACACUGAAGAAAAAACAUUCUAAUCAUAUUCUAAGCAUUAUAUCAUCUUUGAAAUGAUACGUAAUCGAAGAUAACAGCCUUGAACAAACAACGCCACAGACGACUUUGAACAAGUAGCGAAAUUAUCUCGAAUAACAGUAAUGACUUCAUGUUGACAUUUCCUUUGUGUAAAAUUUUGUGAUUAUGGCAGCAACAAUAGCGAACGAUUCGCCAAAAUACAAGAACAGCUUGAUAUGCUGCAGCCCGAGCGUCGAAGUGACUUCUAGAGCGUCAACAUCAUCCACAUCUGGGUGCGUGUCCGCGGACGAAAGUUACGACUCGAAUUAUAUACCGAAAUCAAUUGCAAAUAAAAAGUUGAAAAUCCACAGUUCUGCGACAAAAGAGGAGGUAGAAAAAGCUAUAAACCAGUGUAAAGAACUAGUGUUGAGCAGUCCACAGUGUUCGGACGAGCGUAAAUGGCUCGUGAGAUACUUGGUUGAGUUACGGUUAAGACUAGAAGAUUUAAAAGACAAUAAUGGCCAGGCAAGAGUCCGUGUGUCCAUAAAAGGCCAUCAUUUCGAGCAGCAGACGAACCCGAGCAACCGCAAACAGUAUUGUGAUCACUGCAGUGGUGUGAUAUGGAGUAUUGUGCAGGGUUCGUACAUAUGCAGUGACUGUGGCUACUUGUGUCAUUAUAAAUGUGUCGACCAUAUAUGCAGGGUGUGUGCUCACGUAGUAAUGACAGAAAAAGGGAGCUUCGAAACGAAUAUAUGCCCCGAAAAAGGUCUAGCGGCUCAAGACUAUAAAUGUGCCGAAUGCCAAACCGCAUUAACAUUUAAAGACACUUGGAACGAACCUCGGUUGUGCGAUUACACCGGCCUAUAUUUCUGUGCGACAUGUCAUUGGAAUGAUCUGUCCGCAAUACCAGCUAGGGUAAUACAUAAUUGGGAUUGGGAGAAGAGGUAUGUCUCUCGUAUCGCCUUCCAAAUGCUCAAUUUGUCUUGGACAAGACCGUACAUAGAUAUAGAAAAUGUAAACCCCAGAUUGAUAAACUUUAUAGCAGAGUUAGAAUGGGUGCACAAGAUGAGGAAAGAUCUAGAAUGGAUGCGGAGAUAUCUGUGUGCUUGUGCUGAUGGCACGAGCUUACUAUCACCGUUAUUCGUUCAACUCGGAGAUGUCAACAAGAAGUACAGUAUGGGACACUUACAAGCGAUCAACGAUGGCACGUUAGAAACGCAGCUGACCGAACUAACGGAGCUGUGUCGUUCCCAUAUAACAAAUUGUGGCCUUUGUUCAGGAAAGGGUUAUAUAUGCGAAGUUUGUAAGAACAAUGAGGUUUUAUAUCCAUUUGAUAGCGGUGCUUUAAUGUGCGACAAAUGUAAUUCAAUGUACCACAGAGGUUGUUGGCUACGGAAAGGGCAGAUUUGUUUGAAGUGCCUUCGGUUAGAGGAAAGGAAAAAGAACGUUGACGUCACAAUAGAUUCUACGGACACAUUUGAAUAUGACAUUGAUAAGUUUGUGAAUUGAAAACUACGUACCUGAGUUGUAAAGUCAGAUGCCAGUUAACCGCUUACCGAAGUUUAUUGUUCACUGAUAUACUACAAUGCUAAAUUUAAUUUGAUAAUAUUUGACAUGAAUAAUAGUUAUUAUGAUUGUGUUGCGAAAAUUUAUAAUCUGCGUCAAUUAUAUUUGUUGUUAAGUAAACAA